CUCCAUCACGGUUUCACAUCAGCAAUCUCUCCUUUCAGAGCCUCCUGCUCAUCAUGGGCAACUUUGUCGCCAACGAGGGACUCUCCAUCUUUGUUAUUCUGGUAUGGCUGGGAAUCAACGCCUUCCUGUUCGUCCAUUUCUACAUGGCCUUCCUGGUGGACCGCUGGUUCUACACAAGGGUGCUGCUCGGGCACGCCUUGUCCUGGGCCAGAGCUCCCGCCGCCUGCCUCAACUUCAACUGCAUGCUGGUGCUGCUGCCGGUCUGCAGGAACCUGCUGUCCUUCCUGCGAGGCACCAUCCAGUGCUGCAGCCGGACGGCGGCUCGGCAGCUCGACCGAAACCUCACGUUCCACAAACUGGUGGCGUACAUGAUCGCCUUCCAUACAGCGGUACACAUUAUCGCACACUUGUUCAACUUUGAGUUCUUCAUGGACGCUCAGCUGAAUCGCAACAGCAGCCAUCUGCCCUUCAUCCUGUCUGAGAUCGGCUCCGGGGACAACGCCUCCUUCCUGAACCCCAUCAGGAGCAACGAGACGAGCCCCACCAUCGUCAUGUUCACCACCAUCGCCGGGCUGACGGGCGUGGCCAUCACGCUGGCCCUCAUCCUCAUCAUCACUUCGUCCAUGGAGGUCAUCCGCAGGUCGUACUUCGAGGUCUUCUGGUACACGCACCAUCUCUUCAUCGUCUUCUUCAUCGGCCUGGUCUUCCACGGCUACGGACGAAUCGUGCGAGGACAGACGCCGCUCAGCCUGCAGACCAACAGUCCCAACGUCUGCGCCAGCAGCUUCGAGGACUGGGGUAAAAACGAGUCGGGCUGUGCCGUGCCCGUGUUCGCAGGAAACCCGCCGGGGACGUGGAAGUGGGUGCUGGGCCCCAUGAUCCUGUACGUGUGCGAGAGGCUCGUGCGCAUCUAUCGGUCCCAUCAGAAAGUGGUCAUCACCAAGGUGGUGAUGCAUCCCUCCAAGACCCUGGAGCUGCAGAUGAAGAAGAAAGGCUUCGCCAUGGAGGUGGGACAGUACGUCUUCAUCCAGUGUCCGUCCGUCUCCAGACUGGAGUGGCACCCCUUCACCCUGACCUCCGCCCCGGAGGAGGACUACUUCAGCGCCCACAUCCGCAUCGUGGGAGACUGGACCCAGGCGCUGUACGAGGCCUGCGGAGGAGACAAGCCGGAGCAGCAGGAGGCCUGGAAAUUACCCAAGGUGGCCAUAGACGGCCCGUUUGGUACGGCCAGUGAGGACGUGUUCCGCUACGAGGUGGUGAUGCUGGUGGGAGCAGGAAUCGGAGUGACUCCCUUCGCCUCCAUCCUCAAAUCCGUGUGGUACAAACACAUCCAGAACAACCAGGACGUCUUCACCAAGAAGAUCUACUUCUACUGGCUGUGUCCCGAGACUCAGGCCUUCGAGUGGUUCGCCGACCUGCUGCAGUCCCUGGAGCGCCAGAUGGCGGACAAAGACAUGGCCGACUUCCUCAGCUACAACAUCUACCUGACCCGCUGGAAGGAGACGGAGGCGGCUCAUUUCCGCGUCCACCACGAGGCGGAGAACGACCCGAUCACAGGGCUCAAACAGAAGACGCUGUACGGGAAGCCGAACUGGGACAACGAGUUCAGCAACAUCGCACUGAAGCACCCCAGAUCAAAGGUUGGCGUGUUCCUGUGUGGUCCACCUCAGCUGGGGAAGUCUCUGGAGACGCAGUGCCUGUCUCACUCCGAGGCCGACGUCAAGUUCAUCUUCAACAAGGAGAACUUCUGAGAGGCUCCUGCAGACCGCAGGCGUGUCGCAAACACGUUGCUUCAACUCGACCAGCAAAGAAAUCCUGCCGCUCUGCUGCUGCUGCUUCUCCUUUGGGCUCGUUUCAAAACUUCCUUCUUCUUCUUCUUCUUCUUCUUUCCUCUAGGUUGAGUUUUUCUCAGAGCUGGAAGCAGAAGUGAUCUUCCAGG